AUGAACACUCCGAGAUUAAAUACUCGAAGGCGGAAGACCGAUGCGCCUAGGAUGGUUAGAGGAUGCAGAUCAUCAUAUGUACAGAUUGAAUACUUUAGCGAGCCUAAUACCGACCCUAUUAUUGACACCGAGAAAGCAUUGAGAACUCAACAAAAUCGAGCAUCAUCUACUGCCGAUGCAGUUGCAACAGAUAGGUAUGCAAAGAUUGGGCCGCUUACGUUCUGGAUUAUUCCAAUAUCACUAAUUUACGAACUGGAGAGUAUAGGGUACGGAUCCCCGGAGUUGAUUGGGCUGCAAUCUAUCCUCAAAGACGAAGAACCAGACUUAACAACAAUGCGCUUCGGGAUCGACCUGCUUCUCCUAUGCUUCGCAUUCGUAAGCGUGAACACCGAAGCAGUCCAGGACAAAUGCCCCAAGACCGAAUACGCAUGCUUGGAUGUAAUAAACUCAAGUCAGUGUAUUGAGCAAUUGGUUAUUGAACGCCUUGCGCCAGUCACUAAAGAAGCGAUGGUUAAAUGUGUGGAGUAUGAAGGCACUGUAACCAACUUACCAGGAGCAACUAAGUUCUGCCGAUGCCCAGGUUGGAGGCUGCGGGGAGCUCCGCCUCGGGGGGAUAUGCCGUGGCUUAUUGCGGCUCCAGUCGCUGUGCGUUGUGAAAUGAGGCAAAGAAUCUUAUUCUACCCGGGGGACCUUCCUUUCAUAAUUGAUGACUCUAUCUUACACCAUUCUUGUUGCAUCGAUAAUCAAAGAAGGGCAGAAGCCAUUAACCCCAUGUUUCGCUCACUCCAGAUAGAGACAGUGGAAUUUUCAACGAAACUGGUAUUUAAGAAAAGCAGGAGGUUUACUCAUAUCGGGGCCCUUGAAGGGCUGAAUGCUCCCGGAUCUGUCAAUUUCUUGCCCAAAGAGGGAUUGUCGCUCCACAACCAGCAAUCACUAAAAGAUUUCGGAAAGCCUACAUCUUUCUUUACUGUGGACGAGUGCAUGUCAUCGGCCGCAAGGAGAGUGGCAAAACGCGAAGAGGAUGUUGCAUGUGUUAGAAAUGAUAGUUUUAUUGAUCCCCUAACCGUAAAAGGAGCACCCUUUGACUCCGACAUAGAGGAACGUAACACAAGAGGUCUUCCAAACAGUUUCACAGGCCUAUAUUAUGGCAGGCCGGUAUGGCUGACACAUAGCGGUCUACAAUUUUUCAAACCCUAUCGUCUGUCGCACGUGUCUUACGCGAUACUAUAUCCAUACCUUACAAUACACUGGUUCAAUUCACCUUGUUUGGAUCUCAAUACCCCCUCAUGCAAGAUUGUCCAGUCGUUCGCCAAUCAAGGUAAAUCAGAGCCGGCUUUUUCUUUAAUAACGAUGAGGGAGAGCGUGGCAAUAUUUAAUGGUCGUGUACUAGGGACGAUAUCAGGCGAUACGAAAGUAAUCGAUGCUUACCGGGGUAUAUCUGAAAAUGGCGUGAAAGACCAUCUUGAGAACGGCAUUUCUUCAAUCUUUGGAACUGGUUAUCCUAAUCAAUGCGAUAGAAUACCGGUACGGAUCUUUGUACUGGACAGACUGGCACUCCAUAUUCGUCUUAGCACGACUUAUAUCUCUUCCAAUAGCACGGGCUUGGGGAUAAUCAGGGGAACACUGGCUGUCCGAUUGUUUGUCUCGGCGAAGCAUGAGCAAAUUUCCCAUCCUGGAGCUCUAGAAAAGAAAUUAAAGAACAGAAAAUGGCUGAUCAUUUACCACCUGCGUUACAAUGUGCUUGCGGCUAUUGGGCGCAUCAUUCAAGCAGACACUCUUCCAAAAGGGAUUUCCUUCACUUGUUUAAGGCUCUGA